CUACCUGACAGCUCAUCGGAAGACAUGCACACAGCCGAGCCCCGGGCUUCUCACUAGCAGAGGAAUAAAGGGGGCCGCGCAGGUCUGUGUGUCGGGAGACUGAGCGGCUGUUGUCCCGAGCAUCCUGCUCCUCACGGCGGCAUGGAGCGCUCCUGAUCCCGGCAGGACGCCCGGAGAGCUCAGCCAUUCUUCCCUCGUCACAUCUUGGAUCUGUUUGGAUAAAUUAGCGGCCUGACCAUGUCUGCGAGAGAGAAGGGGAUCCUGACCAAAGACAGUGUCAGCCUGCUGCCCUGCUUCUAUUUCGUGGAGCUGCCGAUUCUGGUAUCGUCUGUGGUCAGUCUCUACUUCCUGGAGUGGACGGAUGUGUUCAAGCCGGUGAAGUCUGGCUUCAACUGCCAUGAUCGCAGCCUUAGCCUUCCCUACAUCGACCCCAACCACGAGGUCAUUCCCCUGCUGAUGCUGCUCAGCCUGGCCUUCGCCGGACCUGCCAUCACGAUAAUGAUCGGAGAGGCCAUCCUGUUCUGCUGUCUGUCUCGGAGGAAGAGUGGCGUCGGGGCCGAGGCCAACAUCAACGCCGCGGGCUGCAACUUCAACUCCUUCAUACGCAGAGCUGUUCGCUUCGUCGGCGUUCAUGCUUUCGGUCUUUGUGCCACCGCCCUCAUCACCGACAUCCUCCAGCUGAUGACGGGCUACCCAACACCCUACUUCCUCACUGUGUGUAAACCCAACUACACCACGCUCAACGUCAGCUGCGAACAGAACCCCUACGUCAUGGAGGAUAUCUGCUCAGGGGUGGACCCUGCAGCCAUCAUCCAGGGGAGAAAAUCCUUUCCAUCGCAGCACGCUACCCUCGCAUCCUUUGCCGCUGUCUAUGUUUCGAUGUACUUCAACAGCACUUUGACAGACUCAUCCAAGCUGCUCAAGCCCCUACUGGUCUUCUCCUUCAUCAUCUGUGCCAUCAUUUGUGGUCUGACCCGGAUUAUUCAGUACAAGAACCACGCUAUCGACGUCUACCUGGGCUUCCUGCUCGGAGGAGCUAUAGCCGUCUACCUGGGGUUGUACGCUGUUGGGAAUUUUCAGCCGAGUGAGGAGGCCAGUGCCAGUCCCCCUCCAAUGCUACACCGCCCCCCCUGCUCCCUGCCUCACAUAAGCCAGGAGGCUGUACUCCACCACCUGCAAAUGAAAGCCAGCAUGGCUGGGGAGGCUGGCAUACCCACCUCCCACUCUGAGGGCCUCCUCCACAGAGGCCUUCAGCAGCAAAGGCCUGAUGACAGUCUGAAGCGUUCCAGUGCAGACGUGGAGGUGAUCUCCCCACGCAGCCCUCAAAGUAAAGACGCCAUGGUGACCUUUAGCCACACCCUUCCUCGGGUCCACACCCCCCAGGCCAUGGCAGCGUAUGAGGAAGCAGCCAGACGUCAUGCUGCCACCCUCCACCAUGCCUCCAUGGACUCCAGCCGCUCAAAGCAGCUUCUGUCUCAAUGGAAAAGUAAGAACAACAACCAUAAGUGCUCCCUGCAGGUCCCAGACUCCUUCUCGUCCUCUGUAGAUUCCUCAUCUGGCCAGUCCUCCCAGCAUCCGCACCACCACGGUAGCAUGGAGCUCCGAUCCAGCUCUGAGCCAUCUGCUAUGGGCCUGAAUGGAGGCUUUGAUGGUCAUGCAUACAUGUCCAAACUGGCAACAGGUGCUAGUACCACUCUGCCCAGUAACUGUAGCGGCAUCACCGGAGGGGCCAGAAUAUCCAUGCAGUCUAGACCUGGAUCAUCACAGCUGGUCCACAUACCGGAGGAAGCUCAUGAGAAUUACAACACCACCUCCCCAAGGACGGGGGGAGGAGUAGGGAGUGAGGGGGUGUCAACAAUAAACAGCACAGUACAGGCAAACUGGCAAAGGGCAGCAGAGAAGACUACAGCCUGCAGGACUAAUGAUAAUGGGCAGAACACCCAGCCACGAAUCAUGCAAGUGAUUGCCAUGUCCAAGCAGCAGGGCCUACUGCAGACCCAUUCCAAGAGCUUAGAUGAGAGCAGCAUAGGCUGCGGCACCAGCGGGACUUGCCAAGGUUCUGUUCGUUACAGGGCACUAACUGAUCAAGACCCCACCAGCACCACAGGGCCCAGCUCACUAGGGAGCACCACAGGCAGUAUUUCAGGGAGCACUGGAGCAAUUGUCAGAGUAGAGGCCCACCCUGAAAACAACAAGCCGGUGAUCCAAGCUCCGUCCACAGAUGGAAGCGGAUCAUGGAGGUGGCGCUCCCUGGAUCAUGGCACUGGAGCAGGUGGAGGCACAGGGCCCAGUGGAACAGGAGGAGGAUCAGGAGGAGGAGGUGGGAGUUUGAGGCAGUCCUUUGAGCUCAACGAUCUAAACAGAGACUCGGAAAGUUCAGACUCGGUACGUGAAGGGUCGAUUGACAGGAAGCGUGUCAAUCACAUUGUUACCACCACUGCCACUGUUAGCACCCCACCCAUAGUUACUGUUCACACCCAGAACACCGGCCAGUCAGAGCACAGGCUCCACCCCCAGGGCCUCUCUACCAUACGGGUCACUCCAGGGGAUGGUAGUGGUUCUGGAUCUGGAGGAGGAGGAGGUGGCGGAGGAGGAGGGGGUGGAGAGAGCGCUUCAGAAACACCCUCUGUCGCCUCCAGUCGUGAAUCCACACUGCGGAGAAAAGGCAAUAAUAUCAUCCUGAUUCCAGAGAGAGCCAACAGCCCCGACAACGCCCGGAACAUUUUCUACAAGGGAACAUCGAUAACUCCUGUUUUCAAGGACUAACGUGCGGAGCGUCAGGAGACGUCUGAGAAGAUGUAGCUAAAAAUGCAAGACAGCUGGAUUUUUCAGAGAACCCCAUAUCUGUGACAAGUCAGUAUUAGCUGCCAUUGUAUAUUACCAUGAUAACUUCAAAAGAAAAGGUUUUAUUCAGCAUGAGAUUUUUGUACAUGUUUACACUAAAUCACAACCUUUUAAGUGUUGUAGAAAUAAUCACUGUGUACUUUUGUGGUCACUCCAAAGGAAACCUAUUGUAAUGUCGAUGCUGUGCCAGUGCUUUGGGAACAGGAGAACCUUUUUUAAACAGUUCCGUAUGUUUUGGAUAUAAAUCAUCAGAAAAAAAGAAAAAAGCAAGUAGCACAGUGACGUCCAAACUGUAGCAAACCACAGCAAAAUAAUUGUACCAUAGCUGUGGAGCCAGUGUUUACUUCCCUGCACUGUAAAUACUGUGUAUGUUUGAAAAGGGUGCUACACCACAAAAUACUAUUUACUAUACAACAUACUGUACAAUUUGAAUAGAUAAAGAAAGAAUUAUUUUAGAUGGAGCAACAAUGACAUUAAUAUGUGACAGAGAUAUGUUUUGUAUUUCGUCUCUUUUCUGUACAGAUACCACAUACUCAACAGAAUACUGUUUUGAACCAUAAGUGUGCUUAGCAUUCCUUCUGUAGCUAUGAAGUCAAAUAUGCUGUGACUUGCACUGAAAUAUGUGUUUACUGUACCUUGUAUAGUGUAAACCCUGACCUUAUCUUGAUAUCCAUUUGGAUUUCCUACCAAUUCCAUAUCUACAGCACAAAAGAGCAGAAAAACAGCAAAACAGUGGAACGUCAUGCUUACUUAACCUUAAAGAUAAUCAGUCCAUCUGCAAAACUCAAUGCAAUACUCGACCUCAAGCUACCCACAUGAAUUAGGCAGGUUUUCAUCUGCGUAAAAGCAGCCAUCGCAGCUAUCAAAUGAACAUUCUGAGAGACACACUUGCGGCUGUCAAACCCACAACCAAAUGCUAACAUCACCAGACUCACAGCGAGGUAGUAAAUUUGGGGAAAAGGUAACAGGCAGGUCCAGGACUUCCAAGUCUUGUAUGGACGUGGAUCUCUCCCAGUGAAAUUACAAAAGGUGAACAGCGGCCAUACCAAAACGAUUUCUCGGAAACAAAGCUAAAAAUAAUUAAAACUGAUGAUGGCCAUAGCAUACACUUAAGCCACGUUUCCAUCAGAAAUUUUUGGUAUAGUACCUGUAGAACCCUAGAAACAUGUGCCGAGACCCUCGAGCCGCAGACAGUACUCUUAAUAGACGUUUGUUGUCACUCACGCUCCAUCCAUCUCACCUGGUUUAUCGUCAGUUGGGAUAUUUAAAAUUAGCUGGGUUGUGCAUUUAGUCCUUGUCAGGCAAGAGCAGGCGAGUAGUGCUGCGGAACAACGCUAUGCCAUGUGUUUUCUCUUAGUGAGCAUUAGACUGCAGGUCACGUAAUGCGGUUUAAAUUCAUAUACAUCUUUUAAACACUUAAAAAUCUAAAAUCUCUGAAGCCAGCCCAUUCUCAUUCCAAAGUCAUCAAAUAACACCACUUUGGUCGUGAUUUUGGCAUCAGACGCUUAACACCAAAAGACACCUUUCGCAGCGGUAUGGCUCCAAAACGCAGGUGUUCACUUCCAAUGUAGAGCCAAACCAUGAUGUUGUUUUUCUAAACCUAACCAUGUGCUUUUCUUGACGUUGGUAGGAACAUCAACAGCAGAUGCACAAUGACACCUAGCCUGUAAUAUGAAGACGUGAAAGUCCAUUGACAAAGCAGUGACGUGAUGACUUUGAAUGAUAAUGUGUUGCUAGCGUAUGUCGUAAGAGAGACAGUUAAAACAAAUGUCAUGUCUAGAGUCGUCAUGGUAACAUUUAAGGUGUGUCGAUUGAUUCACAUCAUCAACUCGUGCACUGAGUAAACAUGCAAGCAAACCUUCCACCUUAAAAGUUGCCAGUAGCUGCCAGCGCGAGACUUUGAGUCACACAGUGAAUUCAAUUUUGUUUUCUCAGUCUGUAGCUGCUGCUAGAGUCCACGAAACAUCCCUGACACACCAAGCCGACGGUCGGCCGUCGACCAAAGUCGGGCCGUCGGUGAGCGUCCGUCACCCUAGUUUUUGCGGUGUGUUCCGCACCAUCGGCACUUCGGCGUCUGCGGCUUUUCGGCCGAUUGAGCAUGUUGAAUCGGUGGCGGAGCUUGUCGGUGAGAGAGAUCACUCUGAUUGGCU